GGCGUCUUGGUUGGAACUCUUUGCCUUCCUGUAUUUUUCAGCUUUCGUUCUUCGGUUCCUUUCAGCUCCAGAAGAUGAAAGAAGCCCGAGGUCUCCACCAACCCCAUUCCAGCAUCGCCCGCCGGCCCCACAGCGGCCCAUGAAGUCAUGGCCGGGAUUGCGAUAAGUGGGAUAAGGCACUAGCGUGCCCCGCAAUCCGACAAUGAGCCCGAGGGGCAAACGAAGGAGGGCGGGGCGGGGCAGGCAAAAAGUCCCCUCGCUGAAGACUGGAGCAUCAGAGAUGGAGAGCUGAUUGCUGAGCGGGAAUUGGAAGCGAGCGAGGGGACGGGAGGGAUCGAUUUCGGUUUCCAGGUCCGUCCGAGUCAGCGCUGGAACUUGAUCCCAGUCCUCCCCAUCGUCUUUCGAGUCAAAGCUCCCGUCAUCUCUCUGUUCAAACCCUGCCUAUCCAGCAUCAUCGACGAGAGACAAGAGCUCCGACCGCACCGCCCAUCAUGUUGAUCAAGGAGAGCUACGCCGACGUCAAGACCUCUGCCAAUGGCAAGGAGUCGACGAUGAGAAUCUUCCUCUUCCACCCAACCAUCCCCGGAUAUCCCAAUGCGCGCUUCCCCGGAGUCGCCCUCUUCAGUGAAAUCUACCAAGUGACCGGUCCCGUUGCCCGUUUUGCCCGCCAAAUCGCCGGUCAAGGCUACAUCGUCGCGGCCCCGAGUAGCUAUCACGACUUUACCGGCCCCGAGCCUCUCGCCUAUGAUGUUCCCGGCACCGAUCAAGGCAAUGAGUGGAAGGUAGUCAAGACGCUGGACUCGUACGAUGAAGACUCGCGCAGGACGGUCGACUACCUCUUGUCCCUGCCGACCUGCACUGGGCGCAUUGGCGCGACGGGCAUGUGUCUGGGUGGCCAUCUUGCGCUAAGAGCCGCUCUCGACCCUCGCAUAACCGCUGCCAUUCCCUACUUCGGCACCGACAUCCACUCGCGUACCCUCGGUCCCAACGACGGCCCCAACACCUCGCCCUCCGCUCCCGCUCCUCGUCCCGACCCGACAACCGCGUCUGGCUUUGUCGCCCCUCACACCAUCGACCAGCUCGACAAACUCAGGCACUGCGAAGUGGCCAUGAUCUUUGGUGUCAAGGACACACACGUGCCCGACGCCGGCCGCGAUCUAAUCCGCGCCAAGCUGCGCGAGGCUGGAGUGACGUUCAGCUUCUACGAGUUUGCGUGGGCGCAACAUGCGUUCAUCAGGGAUGAGUUGAGCAAAGGGCGGUACGAUCCGGCGAUCACCAAGGUUUGCUUUGAGGUUCUAUUGGAGACCUUUGGGCGGGUUUUGAAGACGGACUUGGGCCAGGGGACGGGCGAAAAGGAGGAGGUGGAGCACGUUUGUUAGGUGAUGGAGCGGAACAAACAAAAAGAGGAGGGGGGGGGG